AUGAAGAGUGCCCUGACCUUUGAAACCUAUGCUAGAUGCUCGACAACCAAAGGUCGAGCUUCGAUUCUCACUCUUCCUCAUGGUCCAGUCAAUACUCCAGUAUUCAUGCCCGUAGGAACUCAGGGAACUCUUAAAGGAAUGACACCUCAGCAGGUCAAGGACAUGAACUGUCAGAUCAUGCUCAACAAUACUUAUCAUCUUGGAUUAAAACCAGGACAGGAGAUCUUGGACGAAGCUGGUGGAUCACAUGCAUUCCAAAAGUGGAAUGGCAACCUCCUGACCGAUAGCGGAGGAUUCCAAAUGGUGUCUCUUUUGAAACUUGCAGAGAUUACCGAGGAAGGUGUUCAAUUCGCUUCUCCCCACGACGGUUCAUUAAUGAUGCUUACACCCGAGCAUUCCAUGUCGCUCCAGAACUCUAUUGGAGCUGAUAUAAUGAUGCAGCUUGACGAUGUCAUUUCAUCCCUUACUACUGGUCCUCGUGUAGAGGAAGCCAUGUGGAGAUCUGUCCGCUGGCUCGAUCGUUGCAUUGCAUCUCACAAACGUCAGGAUGAUCAGAACUUGUUUGCUAUCAUCCAAGGUGGUCUGGACCCCGAAUUGCGAAAGAAGUGUGUAGAUGAAAUGGUAAAACGCAACACACCUGGCUAUGCUGUAGGUGGUCUGAGCGGUGGUGAAGAAAAAGAUCAAUUCUGGCGCAUUGUUUCUUUAUGUACAGAUCUGCUUCCUAAAAAUAAACCUAUUUACUGUAUGGGUGUUGGAUAUGCCGAGGAUCUUGUGGUCUGUACAGCAUUAGGUGUGGAUAUGUUCGAUUGUGUAUUUCCUACAAGAACUGCUCGAUUCGGAAAUGCUCUGACCAUGAAAGGAACUGUUGCUCUCAAAUCUGGAAAACACAGUUCCAACUUUGGACCCAUUGAAGAAGGUUGUGAUUGCUCAACAUGCAAAAACUACACAAGAUCAUACAUUCAAUUGUUAGUCACAACAAAAGAUACCGUUGGUUGCCACUUGGUUUCUAUUCACAAUGUAGCUUUCCAGUUACGCUUAAUGCGAGAGAUGCAAGAGGCUAUCAAGCGAGAUGAAUUCCCAGCAUGGAUAAAACAAUUCUUUGCCGGUUACUUUGGAGACCAAAGCAAGUAUCCUGUCUGGGCUGUAAAUGCACUCCAGAGUGUCGGUGUAGAUUUGACAGCAUGA